UUUAUACAUUUUACGUAAAAAAAUUGAAAUCGCUAUGAGUGUACUUAGUAAAAAAUGGAAAUAUAUAAACGAAGGAAAUGUACACAUCGUUUUAUGUGUAAUAGAUACGAACUACGUUAUCAGACUUAUAAAGGAAGACGGUAAUAUGACGAAAAUGGAAACCAUACGUAAUUCUGUAGACUUCGUUAAUCUAGUUAUGAUACCCUUGCUCUUUGGUAAAAGGGUGUACAAUGAAGAGAUAAUUCAACUCCCUAUUGAAGAUGUUGCUGAGCUCUCUGAAAAACUCUCGAAUAUUCGUCCGAAACAUAGGCAGGUAAAAUCGAUUUUCAGUCAUUUUGCCAUUAAAGCGCCCAACUUGACAACGAUAUCGAAUAAUUGUGAAAACUAUUGUCUAGAGAUUAAACCAAAAGAAGGUUUCAUAUGUAGACAUUUUAAGAGAUAUCAAAAAUGUUACUAUUGUUUAAAACAAUUUCUAAAGCUACAAGAAAAACAAAUAGACGGCAUAAGCAACUAUUGUCCAUUGGAUUUAUUUUCUGGAGAAAAAACGAGAAUGAAAAGAGCAUUGUUGAAUUUAAUACAGAAUCCUCAAAAUAACUUUAAACUCUUUAAAGAUGGCAAUAUUAUAUAUAGUGAAAAAUCAAAAAUUGAUUUUGAAAUGCUCAUCACAAAACUACCAAUAUUCCGUUCGAUAAAUAUAUUUUUGGAUUUUAUUAUUGAUAUACUAUUAAGUGACGGUACCUCUAGUAUAAUUUUAAAUGAAUCUGACGGAGAAAUUAAUCUUAAAACUGGAAAAUGCUAUGAAGACAGUAAUCUCAAACCAAACAGUUUUUUAAAUAAAUUACUUACAUUACAAAAGUUAUCUGAAACAUUUAAUUUAGACUUAAUAAACAAAAACGAAGAUUACGAAUACGUUUCUAAGUUGCUUAAUGACAUGAAAGAAUUAAACAUGGAUUUAUCAAAAUCGGAUGAUCGAGAAAAGUUCUUAGGAACUAUUAAUCCGAAAUAUUUGGUCUUGAUAUCAGCGGUGGCAAAAGAUUGUUCGAUUAUGAUAUGUUUCUCGCCAAAUUCUCACCAAUCAUAUUCAUCUGUAAAAAUAGGAGAUAAAAGUCUAUCCUAUAAACUAUCUGUGACCGAUUUAGAGCCAAAAUCGAUAAAAUCGCUUACAAAAAGGAAGAAUACUGAGAAAAAACUUAUACAGUUAUAUGAGAAAAUGAAUGGAAAAAUUGUUAUUAAUUCAACCGCAUUCAGAAACCCGAGCCAAACAAUUAGAAGCGUGGCAGCAAUUGAUUGCUGAAUAUAUGAAAGCGU